CUUAAACCAAUAGACUGAAAUAAUUUUACGUCGUCUUGUGAAUCCAUCGUCUUAUUUUCUUCUUUUCUUCAAUACGUAGUUUAGUGUGAUUUUGAAGCCGGGAAUUAAAACAUAUGUGUACAAGAUACUUACUUGAUACACAAAAUGUGACAUUUUAAAUUAUUAUUUAUAAAUAAAAUACAUAUAUGUACAUACACAUAUACAAAAAGUAGUUAAAAAUGAGUGAAAGCGAUGAUGAUGAUUUACAGUUAUGUCCUACGACACUUGCUGCUUUAAAAGAGUUUCUUAAAGAAAAGGAAGAAAGAGAAAAUCACUUAAAACAUAGUUUAGAAAAUCAACAUUUAGAUGUCUCUUUUGAUGAGAAUUGGCAAUUAAGUCAGUUUUGGUAUGAUGACAAAACAACAGAUACUCUUGUAAAAGGUGCUAUACAGUGUACAGAGUCUGAUGGAAAAAUUGCAUUAAUAUCAUGCCCUACACUUUAUAGUAAACUGAAAAAAACUUCUGGUAAAAGAAAAGUCACCCUUUUUGAGUAUGAUGAACGUUUUAAAGCAUAUGGUUCAGAUUUUGUACCAUACAAUUAUAAAUUUCCUUUAAAUAUACCUGGAGAUAUGUCAAACUUUUAUGAUUUAGUGAUAGCUGAUCCACCAUUUCUUUCUGACGAAUGUUUAACAAAAACUGCCCUCACAAUAAAAUUCUUAGCCAAAAAGGAUAUUGUACUUUGUACAGGUGCUAUUAUGAGCGAUUUGGCAGAGAGAUUAUUGAAUGUUAAAAUUUGCAACUUUGUACCUCAUCAUCGAAAUAAUCUUGCAAAUGAAUUUUACUGUUAUUCAAAUUUCGAUUUUGAUAAAAUGUUACAAUAAAAUUGUGUAAUAAAGAAAUUGUGCACAUAUAAAA